ACCAGCCUAUGUCAUGAUCUCACUGAGUUGCUCAAAGUAUUUCAAAACGUAGCCUACAGGUUGCAGCCAGUCCUUGAGUAUUUGAAUACAUUGUAUCUUUGGCGCCAAACCUUGUCAUCUCCUAGAAUGUGCUUGAUUGUAAUUUCUCAUUGGUCACUGUGCUGACCAAUGCCUGACCUGAAAAUACUCCGACGUCGUCGCCAGAGCUCGCUGCUUGUGCUCUCAUCAUGACAAGUUUAGAAUUUGACAACGGGAUUUGAUCUGUUGCUGCUGUUGCCUACUGUACACCUGUUGCGGGUUGGCCAAAGCGGGACUAUCAGACUGCGGACAAAUAGUGGAAGGUAACGGAAAUAACGGAAAGGUAUCCGAAGGCAGUUAUUCUCCUAGUCUGUUUACAUUUUUUGUAAAGUUGUAAACCAUGCACUGUUUGAAAAUAUUACGGGUGACCAACGCAGCAGCUGUGCAAACCUUGGUGACGGACGCCACUAAAAGAGUUGUCAAAAAGGGUUGUUAUAACUGUUUAUUACCGGGGUGUCCUACUAACGUUAAAGUUCAAGCCGCACAAUGUUUCAACACAAGUUCAACAGAUCAGCACCACAUUGGAACAACCUCAGAUAUGGACCACGUGCUUCCUAAACUGAGCAAUGAUGGAAAGGGUCUGUUCUCAGGAGUAGAAGACAUGCUCUUCUACACCAUCACAGAUGGUCAUGAACAAGUCCCCGUCUCACAUUUUAUCUCUUUUGAUUUGAUCAGGCUCUGAAGAGGACAGGUCUUAAUACAUCAGACCCCCGACUGAAGGACUGUAUGGACAAGCUGCGCCGCUCCGUAUCGGAAUCUUUUCAUGACGUCAUGAUGGACCGGGAACUCUUCCACAAGUGUGUUGGUGGGAACAUAGUGCUUCUGAUCCAGGCUUUCAGAAAGAAGUUCAUCAUCCCUGAGUUUGAUUCCUUUGUAGCAAAGAUAGAUAAAAUCUACGACACCGUCCAGAAAAACCAUGACGGACAUGUAGCAGUCUACAUUCCCCACCUGGCCAAGUUCAAUCCUGAUCUCUGGGGUGUGUCUCUGUGUACUGUGGAUGGACAGAGACACUCAGUAGGAGAAACCAAGCAGCCCUUCUGUCUGCAGUCGUGUGUGAAGCCUCUGGAGUAUGCUGUGGCCAUCCACGAGGCUGGGACAGAGAAGGUACACCGCUACGUAGGGAUGGAGCCCAGCGGACUCAAGUUCAACAAGCUCUACCUGGAUGAGGAUGACAAACCACACAACCCCAUGGUGAAUGCUGGAGCCAUUGUCAUCAGUUCUCUUAUCAAGCCUGGCUCAAACAAAGCAGAGAAGUUUGACUAUGUGAUGGAUUUUAUCAAGAAGAUGGCUGGUCAAGAGUACGUGGGGUUCAGCAAUGCCACGUUCCAAUCUGAAAAAGAAACAGGCGACAGAAAUUUUGCAAUUGGAUACUACCUCAAAGAAAAGAAGUGUUUUCCCAGUGGGGCAGAAAUGAUUGAUGCACUGGACUUCUACUUCCAGCUGUGUUCCAUAGAGGUGACCUGUGAGUCUGGGAGUGUCAUGGCAGCUACGCUGGCCCACGGGGGAAUCUGCCCAAUCACAGGCGAGCGGGUGCUGAGUGCCGAGGCCGUACGGAAUACCCUGAGUCUCAUGCACUCCUGCGGCAUGUACGACUUCUCUGGACAGAUGGCCUUCCAUGUGGGCUUGCCUGCUAAGUCUGGGGUGUCAGGAGCAAUUCUGUUGGUGGUCCCUAACGUCAUGGGAGUCAUGUGUUGGUCUCCUCCGCUAGACAAGGUUGGAAACAGUGUCCGGGGAAUACACUUCUGCCAGGAACUGGUGUCUUCGUUUAACUUCCAUAACUAUGACAACCUGAGACACUUUGUCAAGAAGCAGGACCCUCGAAGGCAGGACGGGGAUGAUAGGAACAAGUCUGUGGUGAACCUGAUGUUUGCGGCCUACAGUGGAGAUGUGUCAGCCCUCAGAAGGUUUGCUCUGUCAUCGAUGGACAUGGAUCUGAAAGACUACGACUCUAGGACGGCUCUACACGUGGCUGCCGCUGAGGGUCAUGUGGAUGUGGUACGGUUCCUAACAGACACCUGCAAAGUGAACCCCUUUGUGAAAGACAGGUGGGGCAACAUUCCCCAGGAUGACGCCAUGCAGUUUGGCCACGGUGCCGUGGUGAAGGUCCUACAGGAGUACCAGGUGGCCUGCCAGGAACAGGAGAGACUACCAGUGGCUGAUACCAUACCCAUACCCCCCAAACUAGAGACUGUAGAAGGCAUGGUGUGAUCAGGGGGCCGUAUGCGGGCAGGUAGCUUAGUGGUUAAGAGCGUUGUGCCAGUAACCGAAAGGUCACUGGUUCUAAUCCCCGAGCCGACU